AUGACUACAUUUCAAGACGACGAUAUUUCUUCGUCUGAGCUAGGUUUCACAGCCAGCAGUAAAUCUGAUUUCAUUCCCGAAGACUAUGUAAACUCACCAUCGUCCGAUACAGAAACAUAUUUAAAAAAAUUAAACGAGUUUUCGGGAGAAGUCGCUAUAGAAAGAGCACGUAAAUUUAAAAAUGUACAACAAGUUGGAUCUUGUAAAAAUAAGGCAACUGCAUUUGAACGAGCUCCAGAAGAAUUUGAUGCCAUCGAAGUUCGGCGUUUAGAAAUUGAUAAUCAGCGGGUUUUAAACGAAGCUGACCGAUUUAAGAUUGAAACAGAUAAAACAAAGGAGGUGAGAAUUGUUGAAAUAAGGGAGCUUAAUAAAAACCUUAAAAUUCUGAUAGAAAAAUUGAGCACAGAAAUGGCAAGAACACUUUCAUGCAUAGAUUGCGAACAAGAUUGUGCCCACUAUCAUUUGGGAUAUUUUCAACAACACAAAAAGAAUCGAUUUACUAAGAGGCGCAACAAAUCCCCUGAAAAGUCAAUGCAAUUGGAUAAAAUGAAGGAUAAUCUUAAAACAACUGCUUUACCGGCGUCUUCGCGCAUUCAAGAUCAUACCGGAAUAAUCCCGGAGAAGUUCUAUCUACUUUUGAAGAUGGUUUAA